AUGCAUUCUAAAAGAAAACUUAAUGAGCUUCUUAGUUCUUUGGAUCAUCCAAAGUCAUCUCUUAUGCUUCAAAGUAUUGAAAAUAAAAAGAUUAUAUAUGCACCUUGGAGUCGAUCUCAGUUCUCAAAAAGACUUUCAACCUUUUGGUCAUUUCCAUAUCAUAGUAUUAAUUCACCUUUUAAUGCAGUUGCAUGGGCAAAACAUGGUUGGACAUGUACGGGUCAAACGACAGUACAAUGUGAACUAUGUCGACAGCAAGUUGAGUUAAAAAUGGAGGUUGAAGCUCAAUUAGAUGAAUCUGAAACGAUUGCGUUGCAAAUAGAAACAGCACAUGCAGAAAAUUGCAGUUGGAGGAAGAAAUCAUGUGAUGAAUCAAUUAUGAAAUUGCCAUUAUCAGAUGGAAAGAUGGCAAUAGAAGCAUUUAAUGAACGUACAAAGAAAUUGGAUACAUUUAAAGAAUUGCCAAAAAGAUUGGAGGUACCGGAAGAUAUGAAAAAAGACUUAGUAAAAAAAAAUACAGAAAUACUAUCAAUUUUUGGAUGGAGUGGAUUAGAAGUGGAUGGAAUAUUGUUAUUAGUAUGUACAGCAUGUCAUAGAAGAAUUGGACCAUGGAAUUUUGAAUUAGAAAAAAAAAAAGGAUUCGAUGUUAUUUUUGAACAUAGAAAUUAUUGUCCAUGGAUCAAUUCUACAAGCCAAAUAUCUGUGGAUCCAGGAUGGAAAAUAUUAUCUAAUUGGUUGCUACAUUUAUCGAAAUCGAAACCUUUAAAUAUAAAGGAUUCAUUAGAUAUACGUUUAGAACGGUUAAGAACAACAUUAGGCUUGAAAAAAGUAUAAUCUAGGGAAUAUUUCAAGAAUUAAGA